AUGUCUCAAAAUCAACAAUCCAGCGGGCAGCAGUCAACAUCGCCGAGAGGUGGAUCUUCUUCAUCUGGAAGAGACUCUAAGUCUAAAGCAGAUGAGUGGUCAGAGAUCAAGGAUCCAAGUGAGCGAAGGAAGAUUCAGAACAAGCUUGCACAGCGGCGGUUCCGUGACAAAGUUAGGGAGCAGAAAGAAGAAACGGAACGUGAGGUGGAAAACCAACGGCGGGCGGGCAGUUCCUACGCCUCACCAGAGCCGGGCGACCUUGACCCAGGACGUGAUCUAUCUGGGUUGCCGUGGGGAGGAAUCUCCAUGCGGCACAUCGUCGAAGCUGGGAAGAGCAAAGAGCAGAACUCCCAGCGUAGCUCUCGCGAAAACUCAGUCUAUGCCGCGGCUUCAAGGACAGGCGGAAGCAGCAGAGUCGGUCUACGCCUUACGGAUCAGUUUGCGAGAGGCUACCCAGCAUGGAGAUUUUUCCCUUACCGCCAUCCCGGGUGGGGUGCAAGGUGA